UAUACAAUUAUAUACGAGCUUCUCAACCGUACAUGAUCACCAAUCUUAAUUAGCCUUCACAAUAUUUCUCUAUAUAAAUCCCGUUUCUCAUAAUAUUCCACCACUAUCCAAGACAUCUUUUGCUAUAUAUCACAUACAGAAUAAUAUUGUACGUAUAUACCUUGCCAAAGAUGACAUCUAGGGUUCUUCUUCUCCUGCUAGUUGGUGCUUUUAUUUGCACCAGUAACGCAAGGAAGCUUGGGACUGGAAAGGGUUCGUAUGAAGACGAGAAAACGUUCUACCGCCGCCCUAGAUUUGGCGGUGGGGGUGGCCUAGGUGGUGGAGGCGGCGGCGGCUUUGGUGGUGGUGGAGGGUUAGGCGGCGGCGGUGGUGCCGGUGCUGGUGCUGGGGGUGGAUUUGGAGGUGGUGCUGGAGCUGGGGGUGGUGGUGGGCUUGGAGGCGGCGGUGGUGGAGGGUUUGGUGGUGGAGGCGGGGGAGGAGUUGGUGGUGGAGCUGGUGGAGGCUUUGGAGGUGGAGCUGGAUAUGGAGGAGGUGCUGGUGCUGGUGGCGGACUUGGUGGGGGAGCUGGAGGAGGCGGCGGUGGAGGGUUCGGAGGUGGCGGUGGCGGUGGACUUGGUGGCGGUGCUGGUGGAGGGUUUGGAGGAGGAGCAGGUGCUGGGGGUGGACUUGGAGGUGGAUUGCCUUGACCAGAAAUUAAUGAGCUACAUUUCUGCGUGCACCUUGCAUUAAUUCAAGAAGAAGAAGAAAAAGAAGAGAAAAAAUCUCCAUGUUUUUUUCUUUUAUUUUAUUUAUUUUAUUUUUAUUUUAUUUUUCAAGAAGUGUUCCUCUAUUUGUACGGUCAUGGGUCAUGUUGUAAUUGAUUCUAGUCCUUUUAUCCUAAAUUAAUUUCUAA